GUGAUCAGCUCAACAGCAAAGCUGCUGACCUACAACAUGGAUCUCACACUUUUAGCAACGUUGAUCCUUGUCUUAUUGAUAUCCCUUAUGUUUAUCUACUCAACAUGGGAUAAAAUGUACCGGUGGAGAAAUUUACCACCCGGACCCACGCCACUCCCGGUUAUUGGAAGUUUGUUGUAUAUAAAGCAAGGAGAGCUGGUAAAAUCCUUAAACCAGCUCAGAGAGAAAUAUGGCUCUAUAUAUACUCUCUACUUUGGGUCACGGCCCGUAGUAAUCCUCACUGGCUAUGAAAUGGUCAAAGAUGCUCUUAUUGACCAAGGAGAUGACUUCGUCAACCGUGGGCGAAUGCCAACAAUAGACAGAUUCUUCGAGGCUCACGGGAUGAUCCUCAGCAAUGGAGAACGCUGGAAACAGCUGCGUCGCUUUACCCUGAUGACCCUACGAAAUUUUGGCAUGGGAAAGAGGAGCAUGGAGGAAAGAGUCCAGGAAGAGGCUCAGUUUUUAGUUCAGGAGCUGAAAUCAUAUAAACAGUCAGCAGUUAAUCCUACCAAUAUCUUGGUUCAAGCUGUAUCCAAUGUCAUCUGCUCCAUCGUAUUUGGGAAUCGGUUUGAGUAUGAUAACCUAAAGUUUCUGAAGAUUCUCAAUCUAUUUAAUGAAACUUUUCUGCUGAUGGGCUCCACUUGGGGACAGCUGCAUGACAUGAUUCCAGAGGUAAUGGACCACAUACCUGGUCCUCAUCAGAGAAUAAACAAGCUCUUAGAUGAAUUGAUGGUGUUUAUCAAUGAAAGAGUGAAGAUCAAUCAGAAAUCAUUUGACCCCUCCAACCCCCGGGAUUUCAUUGACUGUUUUAUGAUUAGAAUGAACCAGGAGAAACAGAACCCCAACUCUGAAUUUAACACAAAGAACUUGCUAUUGUCAGUAUUGCAACUAUUUUUUGCUGGGACAGAAACUGUGAGCGGUACGCUAAGACAUGGCUUUUUGAUCCUCCUUCGAUAUCCUGAGAUUCAAGAAAAACUGCAUGAGGAGAUUGCUCACGUCAUUGGGGAUAAUCGAUGCCCAAAUAUUGAAGAUCGGAGCAAGAUGCCAUAUACCGAUGCCGUAGUUCAUGAAAUCCAAAGAUUUUGUGAUGUUCUACCUCUAAAUCUCCCACAUUCCACAAUUAAAGACAUAACAUUUCAUGGAUAUACUAUUCCAAAGGGUACCGAUGUAUACCCCCUUCUGUACUGCGCUCUCAGAGAUCCGAAUUAUUUUCCAAAUCCAAAUAAGUUUAACCCUGGUAAUUUCCUGGAUAAGGAUGGCAAAUUCAAAAAAGAGGACGCUUUUAUUCCAUUUUCAACAGGAAAAAGGAUCUGUGCUGGUGAAGGAUUGGCUAAAAUGGAGCUAUUUCUCUUCGUAACAACCAUCAUACAGAAUUUCAAGCUAACUACCAAGAUGCAUUUAACUGAUGCUGACGUCAGCCCGAAGAUGACUGGAUUUAGCAAUGUUGCGAUACCUUACGAGGUUUCAUUUAUUUCCCGCUAGAAGCCCGUUUCUCCUGCAGGAUAUUAUCCCACAUAGCAGUUGCUCCUUUAGAAACUAAUAAAUAGUUGAUUACAGUAGAAGAUUUCAGACUUGAUUACAGAUUUUGUAAAACCUUUUUGAGUCAAGCACCCAAAAUUGCAUAAAAAAAUGUCUUUCAGAGGCCUGGUCCUCUUGAUGAAGAUGGCC